GAUGCGGGGUAGCUUCAAAAGUAUACCAACCAUCACAUAACUCUGGAAAAAUCAAAUCGAACUUAAUCAAUACACACUUGGAAAACAAAGCAUAAUAUCAACAAUCAUAAAAACAUAUCAACGAAUCAUAAAAGCAUCAUGUCGUUAUCGUCAUCAUCAUUCAAAGACAAAGUCUACACCAUUACCGGCGUCGCAGGCAUCGGCCUGGCCGUGGCACGCCAACUUCACGCCCAAGGAGCUCGUCUCUCCCUAGCAGAUAUAUCCGACUCCGCGCUGCAGAACGCACGGGCCCAGCUCCCCAACGCCACCGACGAGAACGUUCUCACCCGAGUCGUUGAUGUUGGAUCCCGCUCAUCCGUGGAAGAGUGGAUUGAUGCUACGGUCCGCCAUUUCGGUCGGCUCGAUGGCGCAGCAAAUAUGGCGGGCAUGAUUGGGAGUAAGCAUGGGACGGGCUCGUUGUUGGAGCAGGAUGAUGCGGAGUGGGAUAUGUUGUUGAGGGUGAAUCUAUCCGGGGUGAUGUAUUGCAUGCGGGCCCAGAUAAGAUCGAUUCAGGGGACGAGUAAGACGGGGAGUAUUGUUAAUGCGGCGAGUAUUCAGGGUCUGAGGGGCUUUGCGUUGCAUGCUGCGUAUUCGGCCACUAAGCAUGGGGUUGUUGGGUUGACCAGGAGUGUGGCUAAGGAGGUGGGGCCGGAUAUUAGGGUUAAUUGUGUUGCGCCGUGAGUGUAGCUCCCUUUUCUUAUUACUUCAUUUCGCUUCUUUGCUUCCCUGGUUUGGGGGCUUGUUGGUGGUGGCGCUGACGGUGGUUGUGUAGUGGGUCGAUUCAGACACCGUUGUUGGAUAGGGCCACGGCCAUCCAGGGAGGGUUCACUCCCACGCCGACGGUGAUGCCGCGAGUGGGGACGCCUGAUGAGGUUGCUCAUUCUGUGUUGUUCUUGCUCAGUGAUGCCUCGUCGUAUACAACGGGCACGGCCCUCAAUGUGGAUGGUGGAUGGGACCCAUGAUCCUGCUGGAUGUUUGUGGCAUGGAUGGAUCGUGUCUGUGCAGUUAGUUGCUCCAUAGAGGCAUUCGAACCAACAUGUUGGUUUCAGAUAUACCAAUCGAGCAAUGCGUUGGCCCCAUGUUGGUUCCUGCAGGAUCGGACCCUGAGAUUUGGCCCCAUUUUGGCCAGGAACAGGCAGUGCGAGACGACUUGGCGGGCAUCGAUGAACGCUAAAAGAGGC